GAAACCUGGUACUGGCACGGGGACAUCAGCGCUGACAACGUCGUCAUGAGCGGCGUCAAGUGUUCGGGCACGGAGAUGUCCCUGGCCCACUGUCGUCACGACGGAGCCCACGUCUCCUGCCCCAGAGGAGGAGGUCGCUUCGGUGCUGGUGUGUCCUGCUCGGAGACCGCGCCUGACCUGGUGCUGAACGCGGAGCUGGUGGAGCAGACGGCGUACCUGGAGGACCGGCCCAUGUUCAUGCUGCAGUGUGCCCUGGAGGAGAACUGCCUGGCCAGCUCCGCCGCCAACACCUCCCUCACCUCGGGCUACCGGCGCCUCCUGCGCUUCUCCUCCCCCAGCUUCUGCCUGGAAGACACCGAAUGUGAAGCAGAUGUGCAAAAGCAGUACGAAUGUGCCAACUUUGGGGAACAAGGGAUCACGGUGGGGUGCUGGGAUGUGUAUCGGCACGACAUCGACUGCCAGUGGAUCGACAUCACCGAUGUCCCACCAGGCGAUUACCUCUUCCAGGUUGUCAUCAACCCAAACUAUGAAGUUGCUGAAUCUGAUUACUCCAACAACGUGAUGAAAUGCAGGAGCCGGUACGAUGGGCAGCGCAUCUGGAUGUACAACUGCCACAUAGGUGGCUCUUUCAGCGAGGAGACAGAGCAGAAGUUUGAUCACUUCAGUGGACUCACAAACAACAAGGUGUCCACCCGAUAG